AUGUAUCAACGCGCCCUCCUGUUCUCUGCCUUGAUGGCAGGUGCCAGUGCCCAACAGGCUGGCACUCAGCAAGCAGAAACCCAUCCGUCUCUUACCUGGCAAGAGUGCACCUCCUCCGGCUGCACGGAUAAAGAUGGCUCCGUGGUCAUUGAUGCCAAUUGGCGCUGGGUUCACUCGACUGAUGGCACUACCAACUGCUACACCGGCAACACGUGGGAUGCCACUCUUUGUCCCGAUGAUGCCACUUGCGCUACCAACUGCGCCCUGGAUGGUGCAGACUACGCCGGUACCUACGGUGCUACUACCUCCGGAAAUGCCCUGACUUUGGACUUUGUUACCGGCUCCAACAUCGGUUCUCGCCUGUAUCUCAUGCAGGACGACAGCACCUACCAGAUUUUCAAGCUGCUGAACCAGGAGUUUACUUUUGACGUGGAUGUUUCCAGCCUCCCUUGCGGCCUGAACGGCGCUUUGUACUUCGUCGCCAUGGACGCUGAUGGCGGUAUGUCCAAGUACGAUACCAACAAGGCUGGUGCUAAGUACGGCACGGGUUACUGUGACUCCCAGUGCCCUCGCGACCUGAAGUUCAUCAACGGUCAGGGCAAUGUCGAUGGUUGGGUCCCGUCGUCAAACGACGCCAACUCUGGUGUUGGCAACCACGGCUCCUGCUGUGCUGAGAUGGAUAUCUGGGAGGCUAACAGUAUCUCCACUGCUCUGACCCCCCACCCUUGUGAUACCGCAGGCCAGACUAUGUGCGAGACUGACGGGUGCGGUGGCACGUACUCCUCUGACCGCUACGGCGGCACCUGCGACCCCGACGGUUGCGACUUCAACCCUUACCGCAUGGGCAACGAGUCCUUCUUCGGACCCGGCAAGACCGUCGACAGCAGCUCCAAGAUGACUGUUGUCACUCAGUUCAUCACCAGUGACGGCACUGCUACCGGUACCCUCCAGGAGAUUAAGCGUAUCUACGUGCAGAAUGGCAAUGUGAUUGCCAACUCGGCCUCGGAUGUUAGUGGUGUUACCGGCAACUCGAUCACCUCGGACUUCUGCACUGCCCAGAAGACUGCCUUUGGUGACCAGGACAUCUUCUCCAAGCACGGUGGUCUCUCCGGUAUGGGUGAUGCUCUGGCACAGGGCAUGGUUCUGGUGAUGAGCUUGUGGGACGACCACUACUCCGAUAUGCUCUGGCUCGACAGCACCUACCCUACCAAUGCCACUGCUACUGACCCUGGUGUUGCCCGUGGUACUUGCAGCACUGACUCUGGCCAGCCUUCCACCGUCGAGUCGGAGUCUGCCUCUGCCAAGGUUAUCUUCUCCAACAUCAAGGUUGGCCCCAUUGGCUCUACCUACUCUGCUUAA